AUGGAGCCGGCGCCUCAAGGUAGUGGCCAACAGCAAGGCCGACAGCAGCAGCAGCAGCAACAACAGCCUGUCUAUGAUAUCAGGAAUGGCGGACACUACGGUGCCAGCGCAGCGCUCUCUGCGCAAGGAUACGCUCCUGUCGCUGAGCUGUAUACCGGAACCUGGGCCAAUGUGAACCAAGGUCUGCAGGGUACAGCUCGCGAUAUCUUGACAACUUACUGGCAGCAUGUCAUCAACCACCUGGAGACAGACAAUCACGACUACAAAAUCCACCAGUUGCCCCUUGCUCGAAUCAAGAAGGUGAUGAAGGCCGAUCCCGAAGUCAAAAUGAUUUCCGCCGAAGCCCCCAUCCUGUUUGCCAAGGGCUGUGACAUCUUCAUCACUGAGCUGACGAUGCGUGCCUGGAUUCACGCCGAAGACAACAAGCGCCGUACUCUCCAACGAUCCGACAUCGCCGCCGCCCUCUCUAAGUCCGACAUGUUCGACUUCCUGAUUGACAUUGUUCCUCGUGAGGAGGCUACCUCGCAUGCUAAGCGCUCUAGCCAGGCAGGUGCCACGGCCCCGGGUCCUGCUGCGGCUCCGGGUCAGAUGGCCGCUGCCCAACAUGGCGUUCAACCGCACAUGGGCCCGGCAGACUACGGUUCUCUGGGUCAACAUGGUAUGUCGCAAGAGCAGGAGUAUCGUCAACAACAGGCCAUGUACCCUGGUGCAGUUCAGCAGGACCCAACGGCUGCGUACGGUCAGCCACAGCCUCAGAUGUUCGAAGGAAUGUAUGGUUACCCUCAUAUGCCCCCUCAGCAGGUUCGUAUCCCCUUUUUCCAAGCCCCUCCCGCCUUCCUGACCCGAGCGAGGAACUAA